GGCCAGCAACAAUGUGAUAGACAACACAGCCGCUCUGCUCUCUCAGCGUAGUAGUGGAUAUCUUCACAGUGACCAGAGAGCAGAGGCGAGCCAAAGCGAGCCGCAUGCUCGCUGUGCAACAAGGGGGACGGGAGCAAAAUGAACCACCGGAAAGCCGCAGCAGCAGCAUCCAUUGAGGACCCGUAACAGUAUUUGGGAAAGUGGUGGUGCCAGGCAGCACAGGAAAACAAAACGACACACACUGUUGUUCUGGGUUAACCAAAGAUAGCUCUCUACUCCGCCCCCGCCUCUCCAUCUGUGCCACACACUUGUGUUGUUUCACAGUUACUGAAGCACACAUCCUGAUUGAAACCAGGGUUCUGUUAUAUCCUGGCAGACACAUGGACAGGGAGAAAUAAAACCGUCAGUUCAGGCCCUCCACCUGACCUCUGGGGUAAGUCCUAGCUGUGGGACUUGAUGUUGGUGGGCCCACAGAGCUGGCGUGCAUGUGAGAAAGAGGUAAUGAAGUCCAGUAUGAGGCACUGGCGGAGGCUGAUGCUGGUGGGAAUACUGGCUUGGGCUCUCUUCUUUCUCGCCCUCCUGUCGUAUUUCCUGGAUGCUCGUGUGGAUGAGCCCCUGACUUCUGCUGGUGCUUUACUCUCCCAGCACCCAGACACACGCCGUCUGGCCUCCAUACAGGCCUCCCAUCAACAGCAUGCCAUGGUAAAGCUGACUUUACCAUUAACUACAACGUAUCCCAGAGAUAAACCAGAGCUGGAGCCUCUCGCCAAGUCCGGGACCCCAGAGACCAGCCUGGAGAUGAGCCAGAACCCAAACAAUCUUCCUUACGCUGUUUAUGGCAGCCAGGAAGUAAGUCGCCAGGACUAUCUUGACCCACAGAGCCUGGCAGCCUGGUCUUCCUUUGGUACAGAAAAUGUGGGUUCUCACUCAGAUCCUGUAGUCCAGAGUCGUGAGCGACAGUCACAGACUGCAGACUAUCAGAACCACUUCAGCAACACUCAAUACCAAGGUGGCAAGGAGGAAGAUGAUGAAAAAGAAAAUGAAGAUGAAGAUCUGGGAAACAGAAGGAAGAACAGAGUACAGAGUAUGGCCGGUGAUGACUUCUCUGAUCUGGAGGAAUUCUAUUUCUCCAAAUCCAUCUCGCUAAUAAAGCGGCUCUGGAAGGGUCGAGUGUCGGCGGGCAUGCUGAGUCUUCGACUGCAGCGUGCCAUGAAGGAAUACGUCAACUCCAACAAACACCAUGUUUCCUACAAGGGGAAUCGCAAGCCCACUCAGAGUGCCAAGGAGCUGCUUUGUGAAUUGAAGAAUCAGGCCCGGCUGAGGACAGUAGACGGGUUGGAGCAACCCUUCUCUUCACUUGGCUGGGCUCGUCUGGUGCCAUCCCUUCCCCUGGAGCAGCUGUACAAAAAGGAGAACAAGAGAAGCUUCAAGACCUGUGCUGUGGUCACCUCUGCUGGGGCCAUCCUUCGCUCACGGUUAGGCAAAGAGAUUGACGCUCAUGAUGCAGUUUUACGUUUCAAUGCUGCACCUACAGAAGACUAUGAGAGAGACGUGGGAAACAAAACCACUAUCCGCAUCAUCAACUCGCAGAUUUUGGCAAAUCCUAGGCAUCGGUUCAAUACGAGCUCUAUCUACAAGAAUAUAACUCUGGUGGCCUGGGACCCCGCACCUUAUGCUGUCAACUUACACAAGUGGUACACUAGUCCGGACUACAACCUGUUCGGUCCGUACAUGGAGCACCGCAAGCUGCAUCCCGACCAGCCCUUCUACAUCCUUCACCCUAGCUAUGUGUGGCAGCUCUGGGACGUGAUUCAGGGCAACACAGAGGAGGACAUCCAACCCAACCCCCCAUCAUCUGGCUUCAUAGGUAUCCUCCUGAUGAUGGCGCUGUGCGAGCAGGUGCACGUGUACGAGUACAUUCCCUCCAUGAGGCAGACGGACCUGUGCCACUACCACGAGACCUACUAUGACGCUGCGUGCACACUGGGUGCCUACCAUCCUCUCCUCUAUGAGAAAAGCCUGAUCCAGCGAAUCAACAUGGGCCCUGUGAGUGACCUCGAGAGGAAAGGACGCGUCACUCUUCCAGGCUUCAGCACCGUGAACUGUGACAUCUGAUAUAUGAAGCCUGGCCUCAUGAGCCCGGACGUCACACACACGAACACGCACACACUUCUGGCCUUUUCAGGCUAACCAUGGGAGAGGUGCAAUAAUGCCCCUAUGGACAAGGAGGUUGAAGCUUGCAAGUUUCAAAUAAAACACGUGAAGAGCAUAAGCCAUAGCCCUCCAGGGACGGAUAAACAUAGAGGUUUCUGAAAGACCUUGUCUUUAUUACGAUGGUAUACUUGACCAGAGGCUGGAAAUUAGAGUCUCCAGGGUGGAGCUGAAAAAAAUAAAUAAAUAAAAUAAUAUCAAAUUUCUCUCUGCUUUAGCUGAGCCACGUUAGCUGUGGAGCUGACUAGGGUAGCAACUGAUCUUGUUUUAGGUAGGCAAGUGAAUUUUUAAUAACUGGGUGUGUUUCCAGUGAUGUAAAAUCUGUGUUUCUCAGUACUAUGGAUGGUUUUCCACUUUAAGGAACUGUCACUCUUUAUAACGGCGAAUUGUAUAAUUAUUUUUUUUAUAUAUAUAUAUACUGGUCCAAAGGGUUGUGAAUAAACAAAUCAUCCAUGUUGAAUGUCAUAGGUACACAAACUCGACGCAAAAGUACAUGCAGAAGAAUGCAAACUAAAAGAAAGAUGAGAGGAGCUGUCAAAGCUAUCACGUUACUGUACAUAUUCCUGCAAAAUCAUUGUAAUGAGGGGUUGAUUUCAUACUACUGAGCUUAUUACUGAAUUAUUGUUCUGUGCACGCUGACUGAUAACCACCAGUUUGUCACGUUUUGUUUUGUUUUGUUUUGUUUUUUUUUUUGGGGGGGGGGGGGCAUUUCUGUACUUAAAUCAGAGUAAACGGGGCCAAAACAGAACAAACAGGUACUCAGAACAGCCGUGACCCUGUGCCUAGCAGUCAGCUGAACACUUUCCUCGGGUUGCCUUGUGACUGUUCAGACACAUGCAGUACACACUCUAGCAGGACUGCAGUACCAAUCAGUUCGAUGUGUGGAGCAGUAGACUUUCCGAAGUGAUGCCUCAGCAAUCACCAGCCCCUGUUUUUGACGGUCAGUUCACUCUCUAAUGAAUGUAAUUUUAACACUGCGUGUUGUGGCCAAACCCUUGCUGGAGCUCAUCUCUGCGGGGUUAUUUCUUUAUUGCGUAACAGCAUGAAGUGCAUUCCCUACAACUAUAAAUGUCUCAUAUUUUCUGAAUCCUCUGGUAUUAGUCUGUGCCUACCCGCAGCUCAGAGUAGAGACAAUUAUGAAAGAGGAAUUUGGACCUGUACUAACCUCGGAUUUACUUUGUCUCCAAGGUAGGGUGGAUUUUAUGUUUACAGAGUGCCGUGUCUUCAGCGACCUCGAGGUAUUCGGUCUGUGGGAAUGAGAGCAUCUUUUUUUCUUUGUAACAGAUUGAUCUUGUGCCAUUCGUUGUGGUUUGUUGAAAGAUAUGAAAACAUAAUAGAAAUGUUGCUUUAAAUAGAAUGAUGUCGCUCUUCAGUAGAAACACUAGAGCAUAGUAUCACUUAGAUAAUAGCUGGUGUUAACAGGAGCUGGAUAAUAUCUGGAAUUUGUCAGUAUUUACCAAAGGACAUAAGCUUUUUUUUUUAAACCCCCCCCCCCGAAAAAAAAACCCAUCUUGUACGACUUAGACAGCUAAAGACAGUUACUACCACUGGUGUUUUUUUUUAAAUUAAAGUAUUUAUGUACUGUAAAUUUUGAUAUUAUGCAUUUGUUUACCAGAUUUAAUAAUCAGGUGGCAAUUCAGUAAAUUACAUGGAUGACAAACGUACUGCUUCACAUAAAGGGAAUUUCUCUAAAUCAAGAAUUUGCUCAUUCUCACAACAGCUUUUUCUUGCACUCGUGUAGCUGACUCAGUUGAAGUUUUAUAAAAAUAUUUUGAUGUUUUGUUGUGGACACAUUUCUUUUCCAAACCCCCUUAAACACUUGCUUUAUAUCCAGACAAGUCAUUCAACUUUUCAAUUAAUUAAAUUAGUCGCUGUAGCAGGUGUAUGACAAAUAUUUGGGUCAUUUUGCAAAAAUGUUAUGUAUUUUAUUUUUUUCAAAUCUCCCACUUUAAUUUUGAGUUGAUGCACAAUAUCCCCCUAAUUUCUAGUUAACAAUGUAACAUAAAAUCUUACGCCCACAUACCUAACAACUCCACGUGAUUACUAUAUGGAGGACAUGAUCUUUCUCUUGGAGCCCCAAAGCUGACAGAGUUGGUGAAUAUCAACCGACAGAGCACAAAUAAAUGAGGCGCCAGUGAUUGUUCUGUAGAAACAAGCAACAUUUCUUUGUGCGAUGCUAAGAGUGUGUUCAUCUGUGCCUGCUAGAAAUCGAGUCUUAGUUGCUCCGUCCAGGUCGCCAUUUACACUCCGGAAGCACCGUUCACUGUUAUCUUUGUGUUAGCAUGUUUGCCUUUGCAGGUGCUUGUUGGGGUUUGAUUCCAUGUUUGCAGCAGUGGAUAUCGGUCUCUAGCCUGGCCACAGUUUGCACUUCACCAUCACAUCCAUGUCCCUUUGUGCAAUAAUUUGGGAAAUCUGCGCACACCUCUACACUCUGCCGUUUUUGUUCCCACACAUGAGCACAUUGAAAAGGCAUUUUUGUCAUUUUUGUUGGGUUUUCUCCCCCCUAUUUGCUCAAAAAAAAUGAAGAACGUUUGUAAUGUGAUUAACAACUUGUUUUAUUUGUAAUGUUGUUACUGAAUUAGCUCAGUAAUGCCAAACAUUACAGCAAUAGUGACAAAUGUAAUGCGAUUGCAGUAACGCAUAACUUGUAUAGAGGAGGUAGUUUAGAUGCUUAAUUAAGGACUUAUGAUUCAUUUUAAACAAUGCAGGUUUUUUCGCUCUGCUGUACGUCUUAUAGUUGCGAUAAACGAUAAAAUGUGCUUGUGAUUGUAGCACACUGAAGGUGUGAAAGCCCUGAACGUAUUGUACGUGUGCAUUGUAGUAACAGGUUACUUUCCAAUGCACAGAGCAUGCAAUUCAGGAGCAGGGCUAGGUCUUAAACUGUCUGUGCUGUACUGUGAUGCAAGUAGGCACCAUUGUCUUUAAUGUUGUGAAAGGCAUUCGUGCUUGCAAGGUUUUCUUUUACUGAAGUGAUGUUUUGCAGAUUUUAUUGCAUGCUUGUGGAUCACAUUCAUCUGCAGUGCGGCUAUCAGCCGCUCCAUGGGAAGUGCUUGAUCAGGUGCAAUGCCUUCUGGCUACUUCAUCUUUGCAUCUUUAAUAUUGUGCCAAAUCUCAUCUUUAAUUGUGUUCCAGUUUGGGUGGGUUAUUCAUGGGAUGAGGACUCAGAGUAACAGUAGGACUUCUUAGGUGCUUCUUUCUGCAAAAGUCGAGCUUAACUGAAUUUUGUAUUCUUUUUAAGAUGGGACAUUGUAGUCAAACUUGACAUUAAUGUUCUUUGGUAGUGAAGUAGUGAGUUGAAAAAUAUGUUUGAAGACAUGCGUGUAACAUUUACCACUUCGAGCCUCUUUCUGUCUGCUCUUUACUCUCGAGGCCUAUUUUUCAUGUCGAGUUUUUAACAAGUGUUGUGGGGAUUUCUGUACCACACUGCCUCUGAAGAAUUGUUUAACAUUUGUUCUUUCUAUAGCAACCUUUUUGCAGUAUUCUUCAGAUGAGGAAGAGGAAAGGAGUGAGUAAUGAGAGGGAUUGUUCUGUUUCCCUUUUAAGAGCCUUAGGGCAUUCUUCUUGAUUUUUUUUUAUUUCUCUUUGGUCAGUGAAAUCUCUUGGUAUUACACUUGAAUUGAUAUUUAAAUCAAGCAGUUCUAUGAUUUCAGCUGUUGUUUGUCUUUUUCUACUGUGUAAAUAAAGCUGUUGUACAUGUUCAAA